AUGUGGAGGGUAAAAUUGUUCAAUGCUGCUAAAUCUGGUAGAUUAGCUGGCGGUAUUGCAGAAAGGACAGCACAGAAGUGGGCUAAGAAACUCAAAGAGGACAAAGACUGGAUUAUCUUCAAAAAGCACUUGAAUAUAUUGUCUGACUCACCUCAGAUGUCUCUCUUAGUUUCAAAGCAACGCGCUUUUACUUACAGGAAUAACCACGAGAAGGUGGAGACUAUCUAUUCCCAACCCCCAGCUCCCAAGUUGCCUCCCUCAGAUCUCAUGUCGCAUUGUCUUCUACAAAGAUCUGAGCCGAACUUCGAAGAGUAUCUGCAUCUCAGCCCCCCAAUCUGCGACACACUUGAGACAACGCAAGUGCACCACAACGGGUUUUAUUAA